AUGGUUUUUUCUUCUAGCGUGACCACCAUCAUGGCGCAGGAGUCGACGACGCCCAAGCUGAACCCGCUCGACGACAAGUUCGAGACCGACCAGAAGCAGGCUGUGCCCGUUCGGGUCGCCAUCGCCAAAACCGACGAGCUGAACAACCCUGAUGUUCGUCUACUGGCCCGUCUGGCCGUCGCCAUGGUGCAGAAGAAGCUUGCCAAGGGCACCAAAUACGAGAAGGACGGCUACUACGCGGGCCGCUCCAAUAACUACGUCGAUAUGCCAUUCCCGGACCCCCAGCACCUCGGCAAGGUGAUCGGCAUCAAGGAGAAGUACAUCGCCGACAAGUCGAAGGGUGGCCAGGUGGAACCCUCGUACUCGCCGGCCCCCAAGCUCCCCGACGGCGUCACGGUCCCGACUACUGCUCCAACUGGGAACUUUCGACAUACCGGAUUAUUGUCGACGAUUUUUGCCGUCGACCAGCUCGUCCAGGUGCAUACGGUAUUCCGCCAUGGAGCCCGGGCCCCGCUCUACGAAUUCUCGAGCAACGAAUCGACCGAAUUCUAUUUUAGGGGAGUCGGACAACUGAGUGAUCUCGGCCUGGUCCAAGGGAUGCAACUUGGCGAGCUGUUCAACAACCGCUACGUGCGCACCGGCUUCUUGCACCACGGCAUGAAGCCGAGCGAGGUCUAUUUCCGGUCUUCCCCAAAGGAGCGCUGCCUGAUGACGGCCCAAGAGGUUGGCCGUGGUAUGUUCCGCCGUGACAUCGCCGUCCCGGUUUUCACCUUUCCGACAAGAGAGGAGGAUGUGAUGCUGUACCCACGGAUGGAAUGCCCGCAUCAGACUUCGAGAAAUAAGGAGAUUUUUGGCGCGGAUACGUUCGAAGAAGCGUUCGACCGGAUCCGUGACGUGUACGCGCCGUCGAGAACUGAGGAUAAGGGAUAUUUGGAGGCUGUGAAAAUUGAGAAAUUCGAAGGGCUGCCCGUUCCGGAAUGGGCAAAUACAAAGCAGGGGUUGAAGGAGUUGGAGGAUACUUUUUAUGAGUACCUGACAUUCAUCUGCGGAACCGGAAGGCUACCGGAUCCAGAAACGAUCCAGACCAAAUCCGGCCUCCUCCUCCACACCAUCCAUCUGGAGCUCCAACGAUCCUGGAGCUGCCAUACAGUACACCGUUUCCUUGCGUACAGUACGCACGAUACCGUGGUUCUCCCACUCGCCGAAUCGCUGGGCCUCAUCCCUGCAUUCAAAGGCCACCUCCCUCAUUACGCCACCGGCUUCAUCUUUGAGCUGUGGAAUCGGGAUGGAGAACCAUUUGUUAAGGUCUUCUACCGUUUCUCACCGAGCAGCCACGAGGUGACCGAGCUUACUGGCGAGGUCAGGAAUUGCGCGGAUGAGCGCUGCACCUUGGACCAAUUUGUCAAUUGCUGCGACGAGUUCAAGACGGACGACCCGUUGGUGGUUUGUGGGAUGAAGAAAGGUUUUUGCUGGAAAUCCUUCUUCCUCUGGACUCUCCUCAUGGCCACCAUCCUCCUCCUGACCCUCGUCAUUGCCCUCCUCUUCCAUGUUCAUCAACAGCGCAAGAAG